AUGCGAAAGGCAGAGGGUAUGCGACAGAAAAGUCGCGGGGGGUGCAUCACGUGCAAGAAGAGCAAGAUCAAGUGCGACGAGGCCAAGCCGAAAUGCUCGGUGUGCACUAACCGCGGCAUCGAGUGUGGGGGGUACAUCAAGAUCUUCAAGUUUAAGGAGGUCAAGUCGACUGUUGGGAAGCGAGGGAAAAAGAUAAAUUUGGCCGAACGCGAGGACGUGCUGGCUCCGCAGCUGGAAGACGGCACGCUGACGCAGCAGUUCAACAAGGCCGCGCAGUCGAUCACCGGCAGAACGUACAAACAGCUCGCUCUGGAGCAACACCUGGCGAAAAGGGGCAAGAACCCGAUGCUGGCCACGGAGCUGGACGGGCUGUUGCGUCGGUUCCGCGUGGACUCGUUUGAGAAGCUCGCAAUGAACUCAGAACGGUACUUCCAGGUGCGGGACUUUAUGUUCAGUUCCACCUACUCUCCGUUCGACCAGACCCAAUUUGUGCUUAACACGUUCGACACGGCCACAGGAAACGUUCUGUGCGUCUACGAGUCGCAGGGACUGAACCCGUGGAAAACGCAGUUUCUCCCGCUCAUCAAAGAGUAUCCGAUCCUAGUCGACCUGAUCGGCAUGAUUGUGUGCCGGCAUCUGUGUGCCAAGCACCCGGAGCUGAAUGCCACCGGCUUUGACUACAAAGUGCGCGCGUGUCUUCAGCUGUCGCAGGGCAUCAAGGACAAGAAGCUGUCCAACGACAUCUGCCUGGCCAGCUGUUUCCUGCUGUCGCUGGACGAGCUGUGGGACGCCAAGCCGCACCUCGACCUCUCGCACCUGUCGGUUCUGUCUUACUUUGUGAACCGGCGGCUUUCCAGCCCGAACCAAGAUCCGCGGUUCAACUUCAUCAUCAGCGCGUGGCAGUACAUGCGUGUGAUCUCGCGCGCCACGUUCCUGAACCCCAACCUCGCGUUCAACACCUCGGACCCGAACAUGCUGCUCUGCGACGGGCUCGAGAUGGACCACAUCCUCGGCAUGUGCCAGGAGCUGUUCGGGCUCCUUGACAAGGUCAUGGAUCUCCUUUACCAGGUGAAAGACCUUCCGGAAUCCGUAUACCCCGGGACUGUUGUCAAGCAGGCGGAAGCGUUGCAGCAACGGCUCAUCAACUGGACCCCUCCACCGGCUGAUCUGAGCUCCUGGUCCGACAAAGAGAUCCACGACCAGAUGCAGGCAGCCGAGGCUCAUAGACACUCUAGCUUGCUGCUGCUGCAGAAGGUGUUCCCGCAAAUCAAGCCCCAUAUGAGACCCACUAAGCUGGCGUCCAUCAUCAAAAGCCACAUCUCUAGCAUCAAAAUAACGUCCGGGUCUGUUGUGCCCAUCAUGGUGUUCCCCCUGUUCAUCUCGUCGUGCGAGGCGUUUGCGUUCGAGGAUCGCGCCUGGUACAAGAUGAUGUGGCGCGCCGUGUUUGAGGCAACGUGCUCGUCCAACUUCCUGCCGGUCAUGGACGUGGUCGAGGAGGUGUGGCGCCGCAAAGACGAACUACUAAUACAUUACAAGUCCCAGAACCUCCUGUUGGAGUUCGAUGAUCACUUAAUCGGCGGGUUCAAGAGCUACGCCAACUGGCAUCAGAUCAUUCAGGACUGGAAAAUCGACCUUUUUGUCGGGUAA